GCCACGACAGCGGCUGGAAAGGACAGCAGGCCGCACAGACCCAGGACAGCCGCACCGUGCAGCACCACACCAGAACAGAUGGCGCUGCCACCUCGGCCUACGCUGUUUGACUUCCAUGGAGUCUCCAUGACCAAAUACUUCACUGACAACUGGGACAACGUACAGAACUUCAAAGCCAGACCAGAUGAUAUUCUCUUAGCCACUUAUCCAAAAGCAGGAAACACAUGGGUGUCCUACGUCCUUGACCUUCUGUACUUCAGCCAGAUGUCAUCUGAACGUCAGGAGUCAGUCUCUCUCCAUGAGAGAGUGCCAUUCCUGGAGUUACAAAUGCCUGGGUUCCCAUCAGGAGUGGAUGAGCUGAAUAAGUUAACCACCUCUCCACGCAUUAUCAAGACACACCUGCCAGUCCAGUUCAUUCCAAAGUCUUUCUGGGAGCAGAACUCUAAGAUUAUCUACGUGGCCCGCAAUGCCAAGGACAGUGCAGUGUCCUACUUCCACUUUGAUCGCAUGAACAAGGUCCAGCCUGAGCCUGGAGACUGGAGCAGCUUCCUCCAGAGAUUCAUUGAGGGGAAAAUGGUGUUUGGUUCCUGGUACGAACAUGUGAGAGUGUGGUGGGAGAAGAAAAAGACCAGUUCUAAUAUCCUCUACUUGUUCUAUGAGGAUCUGAUUGAGAAUACUGAGCAAGAACUGAGUCGGCUGUGCUCGUUUCUGGGACUGUCUCCCUCCGAGGAGCUGAAGAAGCAAGUGAUAGAAAAAGUUCUGUUUGACAACAUGAAGAAAAACAAGAUGGUGAACGGCUCCAAUGAUGAAGUCUUUGACUUUAAGAUAUCUCCUUUCAUGCGCAAAGGAAAAGUUGGUGACUGGAGGAAUCAUUUCACUGUUGAACAGAAUGAACAAUUCGAUGAAGACUAUGAGAAGAAGAUGAAAAACACUGAUCUUGAAUUUCGCACAGUUUUGUAGUUGAUUACACUCAUUCUCAUCCUUGCCAUAAUGUGAAAUACACAAUCAAAAAUAAUAAACAACAUAUGAUAAUAAAGAGAUUUCAAA